GAGAGAAUGCAGCUUUAACACAUGAAGCUUUGACUUCCUACGGCAGAACCGGAGGUUGCUGUCUGGGUGGUUCAGGGAUCUGCUCAGCAUGCAGAGAUAAUUCAUUACAACAGUGCCUCUUUUAUGGGUGAUGGAGAAACAGAGCUUUUGUUGUGAAAAUGUUGGCCGUCGGCUCAAUCGGGAGUAAAAAAGCACGGCAGCAGUGAAAAUGCGAUUGUCGUUUGGUUUUUGUCCUCCGCUGCUUGCAGGAGGUGAGCUACUGCCAGGGGAUGAGUCAGAUUGCCGCCCUGCUGCUGAUGUACAUGAACGAGGAAGACGCCUUCUGGGCGCUGUCACAGCUGCUGACCAAUCAGAAACACGGCAUGCACGGAUUCUUUGUUCCCGGGUUCCCCAAACUUCAGAGAUUCCAGCUCCAUCACGAUCAGAUUAUCUCCAAACUCAUCCCCAAACUGAAGAAACAUCUGGACAGAGAGCAGAUGUCGGCAGGGAUUUACUGCACUAAAUGGUUCCUGCAGUGUUUCAUUGACAGGACGCCGUUCACGCUGACCCUUCGCCUGUGGGACAUCUUCAUCCUGGAGGGGGAGAGGUUCCUCACCGCCAUGUCCUACAACAUCCUGAAGAUACACAAGAAGCGUCUGCUGAAGAUGUCUCUGGAGGAUCUCAGAGAGUUCCUGCAGGAGCGGAUCGCUCAGACUUUCUUCUACAGCGACGACGUGAUCGUCGAGCAGCUUCAGGCCUCCAUGACUGAACUGAGGAAGAUGAAGCUGGACCUUCCUCCUCCAGGGAAGCCUGAUGAGUUGCCUCGUGAGCCUCUGGGUCAGGAGCUGCCGGUUCUGUCGAGUCCAGUCCGGUCCUCCAGAGGGAAGCAGUCGUCAGCCAGAGCCGGACUGAGCCUCCACAUCAUCUACCACACGCCCGACUCCAUAUCCCCAAACCAGAGCCCCUCCAAGGACCCCCGAGACCUGGACGCUGAGGAGGAGGAGGCCCCUCUGCCUUCCCCGGACCCGAUCAUCAUCCACAGCCGGGCCCCGCUCACCCCCGACGGCUCCCCUCUGACGGGGCCUCCGCCUUACCAGCCCCCCGGGAGCGAAGCGGACAUCGUCGACACCGACCGAACCUCCCGCAGGGUCCCGCGGACUCUUUCGGCUCACGCAGUCCAGCGGGCCUCGCCGGUCUCGGGCCCGUCCGAGAGUCUGCCUGCAGCUGAGCGGGCCGAGGACAGCUACCUGGUCCAGCUGCUGGAGCAGGCCUCGGCUCUGCCCACCAACCGGAACCGGAACCAGGACUCGAGCGAAGCAUCGGAGGAAACACAGACUCCGGACGUUCCCUGAGAUGAGCACCGAUGUAUCGAUUAUGUGUCAGUGUUAUGAAUCUACUCCUGUUUGCUACAUUAAAGGUUCUGUAGACGUCCGGGUGAGGAGGUUCAACGUGUGAGCUCACCAGUAAUUAUCUUAGUGAAGAGCUACAGAAGGUUCAUCAGUCAGAUUAUUUAUCAAAAGCAAUAAUUGCUUUAACACGUUUCUAACCAACGCUGGUUUAAGUUUUCUAAUUCGUCAAAUUUAAAGAUACAAAGUUAAAAAGUAAGUUUCUAAAUGUUUUCAAGAAGCAAAUCCUGUGAAGAUGUGUUCACGCGAGGUCGUCAGAUAGUUUAGUUGUAGAAGUUAAGAGGAGAUAUUUAUUCAGUGUCUCAGAAUCACUGAGUUAAACCAGUGCAGCCUCCUGUCAUCACGCAGGUUAUGAGA